UCUUCUUAAAUCGACCGCUUUAUUUUUCUAGUGUGGCUAACCGCUGUUGCCAUUCAAACCUUUAUGCUUCACUGAAUUCAGUUUUAGUGGAUAGAAAUAUCCCUGCAAAACACCAGUUUGUAAAUAGAGGGCUUUCUUUACUGAUUAAAAAGUUUGCGUGUUACGUUUGAACAAUGUCAAGGCGAAGACACAGCGAUGAGAAUGAUGGAGGUUCCCAACCUCACAAAAGGAGGAGAACAUCAGAACCUAUUGAGAUCGAGGACCGUCUGGAGUCGCUGAUAUGCCGAGUGGGAGAAAAGAGUACGUCCUCCUUGGAGAGUAAUUUGGAAGGUCUUGCUGGUGUCCUGGAAGCUGAUCUCCCGAAUUAUAAAAGCAAAAUCCUGCGCAUCCUAUGUUCUGUUGCAAGGCUUUUGCCUGAGAAGCUGACGGUAUACAGCACACUGGUGGGGCUUCUCAAUGCUCGCAACUAUAAUUUCGGAGGAGAGUUUGUGGAGGCCAUGAUUCGACAACUUAAGGAGACGCUGAAGUCAAACCUGUACACUGAGGCGCUUUACCUGGUGCGUUUCCUGAGUGACCUGGUGAAUUGUCACGUCAUUGCAGCUCCCUCCAUGGUCGCUAUGUUCGAAAACUUUGUCAGUGUUACACAGGAAGAGGACAUUCCACAGGUGCGGUCUGAUUGGUAUGUAUACGCCGUGCUGUCCAGCCUUCCAUGGGUUGGCAAGGAGUUGUACGAGAAGAAGGACGUAGAAAUGGAUCGCUUGCUCAACCAAAUCGAGGGCUACCUGAAGCGGCGACAGAAGAUUCAUGUUCCCAUGUUGCAAGUGUGGACUGCAGAAAAGCCCCAUCCACAGGAAGAGUAUCUAGACUGUCUCUGGGCUCAAGUGCAAAAGCUGAAGAAGGACCGCUGGCAAGAGCGGCACAUCCUGCGGCCGUAUAUCGCAUUUGACAGCGUGCUGUGCGAAGCCCUGCAGCACAACCUGCCCCCCUUCACCCCUCCAGCCCACUCGGAUGACGCCGUCUAUCCAGUGCCCCGCGUUGUCUUUCGCAUGUUCGAUUACACUGAUGCCCCAGAGGGGCCGGUAAUGCCAGGCAGUCAUUCGGUUGAGCGUUUUGUCAUUGAAGAGAAUCUGCACUGUAUCAUCAAGUCCCACUGGAAAGAGAGGAAGACCUGCGCUGCCCAGUUGCUCAGCUACCCUGGCAAAAACAAGAUACCCCUUAACUACCACAUAGUGGAGGUGAUAUUUGGGGAGUUAUUCAUGUUGCCUGCUCCACCCCACAUUGAUGUCUUGUACACGUCAUUACUCAUCGAGCUCUGUAAACUACAGCCGGGCUCCUUACCACAAGUCCUUGCUCAAGCCACAGAAAUGAUGUACAUGAGACUGGACACAAUGAACACCGUGUGUAUAGACCGACUCCUCAACUGGUUCUCACAUCAUUUAAGUAACUUCCAGUUCAGAUGGAGCUGGGAUGACUGGGCUGACUGCUUGACUCAGGAGCCUGAAAAGCCCAAACCCAAGUUUGUUAAAGAGGUUUUGGAGAAGUGUAUGAGAUUGUCAUAUCAUCAGCGGAUAGUGGACAUCGUUCCUUCUGGUUUCUCCACUAUGAUUCCUGCUGAUCCCUUGUGUCACUAUAAAUAUGGAGAUGAGACCAGUGCUUCAUUGCCAGGAUAUGCGGUGUCAAUCACAGUAUCUAAUGCGAUCAAAAACCGAGCGUCAAAUGAGGAGAUUCUCACCAUAUUAAAAGAUGUGCCAAAUCCCAACCAGGAUGAUGAUGAUGAUGAGGGCGACACUUUCAACCCUCUGAAGAUUGACGUGUUCCUACAGACGUUGCUUCAUUUGGCUGCCAAGUCCUUCAGUCAUUCUUUCAGUGCUCUGGCCAAGUUCCACGAGGUCCUAAAGAACCUAACAGAGAGUGAUGAGGGGAAACAGCACAUCCUCAGGGUUCUCUAUGACUUCUGGAAGAACCACCCACAGAUGAUCUCCGUCUUAGUGGACAAGCUGAUUCGGACUCAGAUUGUGGAUUGUGCGGCCGUGGCCAACUGGAUUUUCUCUUCUGAUAUGGCUCACGAUUUCACCAGGUUUUACGUGUGGGAGAUUCUUCACUCGACCAUCCGGAAGAUGAACAAACACGUGCAGAAGAUCCAGAAAGAGUUAGAUGAGGCGAAAGAAAAGUUGGAAAAGCAACAAAACAAAAAGCAGCGGGACAGUGGCGAUGAAGAGGACAUGGAGAAGAACAGUGAGGAUGAGGAAGGUCAGUUAGAGGAGCAGAUCGAGAAGCUUCAGGAGAAAGUAGAAUCGGCCCAGAGCGAACAGAAGAAUCUCUUCCUUGUUAUUUUCCAGCGCUUCAUUAUGUUACUGACAGAACACCUGGUUCGCUGCGAGACCGGCAGCAUCGACAUCAACACCACCUGGUACAAGAACUGCAUCGAGAGGCUGCAGCAGAUCUUCCUCAUGCAUCAUGUGAUCAUCCAGCAGUACAUGGGCACCCUGGAGAACUUGCUUUUCACAGCCGAGCUUGACCAUCACAUCCUGGCUGUGUACCAGCAGUUCUGUGCUCUGCAACUAUGAAUACCCACAAUGCAUCUCUUCAUCAACCUGCCUGUUUAUGGUUUAUGUAUCAUUUCAAGGUUAGCUGCAUCUACUGGGAAUCUUCGAAAUGAUGGUUUUCUCUGUUGUAGUGGUAUUGAAAUUCGUCAGACCCUUUUUAGGGCACAUAUGUAUGUGUUGUUUUUAUUUUUUUCCUUUUUUUAAAUUUCGUGAAAAGUGUCAGUCCUUUGAAACGCCCAGUGUUUAGGAAACGGUAAGGGAGAGCUGUGUUUUACUCCAGCACCCUUCAUAUAAAAUUAUUCUGCAGAAUUUUUAUGCGUUUUACGUCAUUUUGAUGGAGAAAUGACUCGAUUGAAUUGCGAUACAAUGUUGUGAGCCUGUAUUAUGAAUGGUGUGCCUCUGUAGAGAACAUUGAGCCCUUAAGUUUUGAAUGAUGAUUGUCUUCCUCUUUUUUUAUAU